AUUUUUAACUUCAGCUGGCGCUCUCCGCGGCCACCGUCUCAGUCUCUCUCUCUCUCUCUCGCCAGGUCGUCGAGGUGAAGCGGUUGUCUUUUUGUUCUUGACUCUCUCUGCAACGUUGUGAGGGCCAGAUCUAGUAGGUGAAGUACCCAUCUUUUUAAUCAACAAAGAAAUCGGAAAGAUUCAAAGUUUUUGUGGGCUCAAAGUUUGUAUCCAGAAAGGGGAAGUUGAUGAUCAUGAAGCGGAAACUGGAGGAAGUACGGCCCCAGGGCUCCGUUAAUUGCAUCCCCAAGUAUUGUUUUGGAUUUUCCGUGCCAGAGAUUGACAAGAUAGUGUUGGACCGGUUGCCAACAAACCAAAUUUCCAGACUUAAGUGGCCACAAUUUCAGUCCAAGACGUUGCUUGGUAUUGACAGUGCCCCCGAGGCCGAUCUGACUGGUAGAUUGCCAGAGGACAUUCUUUCUUCUAUAAUAUCAUUAAUAUCAGUGAGGGAAGCUGCCACUACUAGCAUCCUUUCAAAAAGAUGGAGAUACCUUUGGACGACCUCUUCUAACCUUGACCUAGAUCCCAAAAACAUGCUUGGACAUUUUUUAUGCUUGGAACAUUUCCAACGCCAGCAUACUCAGUGGAAACAGAAGCAAAAGGGAAGAUUUGUUGGAUGGGCCAACCAUAUUCUGGAACUUUAUGCCGGCAAAAAGGUAGAUUCCUUUAGGGUUGAGUAUCCGUUGGGUAGUGAUCAUGGUUGCGACGUUGAUCGAUGGAUUCAGUUUGCAAUUGAUAUGCAAGUUCAAAAUCUUUCUAUCAACCUGUUAGAAUGUAAUUUGUCAGACUUGUCUCGUGGGCUCUAUAAAUUUCCAUAUUGGCUAUUUGAUCAAGCAGGGAAACAGUCAAAGAUAAAACAUUUGUCUUUGAAUUUUUGCAGCCUGAGUAUUCCAGCAAAUUUCAAUGGCUUGAACUCCCUUUCAUCCCUCUCAUUGACAAAGACAAGUUUAAGUCAAGAGAAUCUGGAUAACAUUUUGAAUGGUUGCCCAUCUUUAGAAUGGUUUAGUAUGAGUGAAUGCCGUUGUCCAUUUCAUUUGAAAUUAUCUAGUGGAUGUCGGUUUCUCAGGCUGAGACACUUGAGGAUAGUUCGUUGCGAUCCUUUAGAAAAAGUUGAAAUUCAUGAUGCUAUAAGUAUUGCAUCAAUUGAGUACGACGCAAAGAUGUUUGGGCAGGUCUUGUUAAAGAACAGUGCACAACCUGUUAGAAUAUGUACGACUUUGGGUCGUGGAACUUUGCAGCGUGAUCAUCUAAAUUUGCAAUCUGAUCCUAGAACUCAAAUGACAUAUAUCCUUGGCACAGUUGCAAAAGACUAUCCUUUACUUGAGAUUUUAUUAGUGUACACUCCAAUGGUCAAGAUUGAUAUAAUACCUAAGCACUUAACCACAUUUACUAGACUCAAGCAGUUGAAGCUAUUAGGUGUAACAUUUAGAGAAAUCCUGCUGGACCUGACCUCUGCUUUUUUGGAGGCGGCUCCGUCAUUGGUUGAACUUCAGAUAGAUCUCUUCUUUCCCUGCACCGAUGAAGGGAAAAUAGAGCACCAAAAGAUAGUCGAUGGGGCAGAUUACACAGAGCACAGAAAGAUACCUCUUAAAGAAUAUUGUCAACAUCAGCGUCUCAAGGAAGUGAAGCUAAGUGGAUUUCGUGGUUAUCCAAUUGAAUUUGACCUUGCCGUACUUUUGCUAAAAAAUGCUCUUCUUCUUGAGAAGAUGAGAAUUGUUCGAGAAACAACACUUUAUUUAGGCGACGGUGAAUGUUGGGUUUUGAAGUUAAACAAAGAUGGAAUCAAACAAGAGCAAAUUCUCAAAAUUUUGGGUCCGGAGGUGCCAUCAACGGUUAAUUUAGUACUUGAGUGAUCUUUUUCUGUUUCUCUGAUGCGAGAUUAAAAUUAAAGAAUUUGGUUUCUUAAUUUUAUUUAGAUUAUUGGUUUUAUUUGUAAUUCAAUAAUAGGCUUGACCCAAAGUUUUUUCGUUAUUUUGUAAUUCUAUAAUGGGCUUAGCCCAAAGUCGGUCAAAUUAGGGUUAUGAUUUUUGUCAAUCUAUUUAAAUGUUCUUUUGUAACAAUUUUUAAAUGAAUAGCGAAUUAUAAUCUUUGUGUGAGAUACUUUUAUAAGAGAUGAGAUUUCUCUGUUUAAGGUGCGACUCUUUUCGUCUUUGACGUUGAGACUUUGUUCAACAUGAAAUCUAUCUUUAUUUUAUUUUAAUAUUUAUAAUACAGUUGCAAGAACUUAUUGCAUAUUUGUCUGGCCCAAAAAAAUUAUAUUUCUAAUGGUAAAUUUGGUUUGCUAAAUGACCAUUCUUAAAAAAAGGAAUAGCUUUUACUACAAUACUCCAGUACAACUGAGGCUUAUAGGUGCUUCAUUUCAUAUGGAAGGUAUGGCCCUAAUCUGUUUUCAAGAAAUAGAUGCUAUUAGAUGUUUUGGUAGUUGGGAAGAUUUUGUUAUGGCCCUGCAAGGUAGAUUUGGGAAAGGAUCCUAUGAUGAUCCCAUGGAAUCAUUGGUUAAACUGAAGCAUGUAGGUUAAGUGGAGGAAUACAAAACUCAGUUCGAAAUUUUAGCCAAUAGAGUUUAUGGAUUGUCUGAAACUCACAAAUUAAGUUGUUUUCUUGGGGGUCCUAGACUCUUAAAGAUGAGAUUAGACUACCUUUUAGGAUGUUUAAUUCUAAAAAUCUGGUUGAUGCAUAUGCCAUUGCUAGAUCCCCACGGAGAUAAAAUCAUCUCAGCUGAUGGGAGGAUUUGUCAAAUUACACUUCAGCAUAACAUGACUUCCACACUAUUUUACUGAAUCCACAAAGAAAAAAUUGAUGCUCUCGGUCCUCUAUUCCACUUCUGCAGAAACUACAAUGAAAAUCACCAUUAAAACCCCAUUGCAGUCAAAGCAUUUUUCACAUUAACAUGUUUGACAAUAUAUGGAUCUUAAGCAAGAUUAACAAUGGGUUAACCAUUUAAUGAUGUUUAGCAUAUUUCACUGUGCAUGGAGGUGUCGAUAUGUUGUUAGAAGGUAUUAGGCUUCUUUUGAUAUAGGCUCUGCAUGUGUAGGGAUGAAAGCAGAUGAUGACCAUUUUUCUUGUGAAAGCAGAGACAAACAUGAAUUGGAAUUAUACUUCAAGAGAUAUUGGGAAGAGUUCCGCUCAUCCAGCUCCGAAAAGGGGAUAGAAGAUUUCGAUACCUUGCCUUGUGUGUUCCCCUCUAUCAAGCUGCCUUAAAAGGUGAUUGGCAGGCUGCUGAGGCUUUACUUCAGCAUUGCAAAAAAAAAAGAUGGAAACACAGCACUUUGCUUUGCUGCUGCAUCAGGAAUCGUGACAAUUGCUGAGGAGAUGGUGAAAAUGAACAAUAGACUACUAUUUCCACUGAUAUGUAUGCGUUGAAAAUUAUGGAAAAGGAUCGAACAUUAGCAACUGCCCAGGAUGGAAAUCGGAAGACAGCAUUGCAUGAGUUGGACCAAAAACCUUUCGCAAUUGGCAGCAGGAGCGAGCUAUCAAUAUGGGAAAUAUGCUUGAACUCUUUUGAAGAAUGCUGCCGUAAUGUGGAUGAAGUUAAGAUUUUCUGUGCCAAAUCUUGAUGGGUUUUCUCGGAUUGUGUUGCUGAAUUCUGAUAUUGGGUGAUUUCAUGAACUGGGUUGUAUCGGAUCCGUGGAGGGUUUGGAGCUUGUUUUCGGUUCUUUUAGUCAAUGAGGAACACGGGUUUGAGAGAAUUUUUGUUAUUGUGAAGAAUAUUGUGGCAUAUCUUUUGGUUUAGCAAAGAUGAAGAGGCCGAAAAGUGAGCCUCCCGGUGUAAGGAGGUUCAAAUUGUCGCAUUUGUUGUUGGGUAUAGCGGUUUUAUACUUGGUUUUUAUAUCCUUCAAGUUUCCACAAUUUAUAGAGAUUGCAGCAAUGCUAAGUGGGCAUGAUACUGAUGUUGGAUCAGAAGGGACAAUGGAAAGGGACUCCGAAGAUUCGGAUUUAAGCAAACCAUUCUUUGGUUCUGUUUAUAAGGAUGCAUUUCACCGGAAAUUAGAAGAUAACCAAAACCAAGAUGCACCAUUGAUGCCUAGUAAGGAACCAUUGGAAGAGGGAAAAAAUGGGUCUAGACCUAUAAAGCCACUGCAGCACCGAUAUGGUCGAAUAACGGGCGAGAUUAUGAAGCGGAGGAAUAGAAUUAUUGAUUUGUCAGUGCUUGAGAGAAUGGCGGAUGAGGCUUGGACAUUAGGCUUAAAGGCAUGGGAUGAAGUGGAUAAGGGCGAUGGAAAGGAUACCGGAGAAAGCUCUAUGCUUGAGGUGCAACCUGAGUCAUGUCCUUCAUGGAUAUCGAUGAGUGGCGAAGAAUUGGUGAAUGGAGACAGGUUAAUGUUUCUUCCUUGUGGGCUCGCUGCUGGUUCUUCAAUUACAGUGGUAGGAACACCCCAUUAUGCUCACCUGGAAUAUGUGCUCCAGCUUGCCAAGUUGAGGAGUGGUAAUGCCAUGGUUAUGGUUUCACAGUUCAUGGUUGAAUUGCAGGGUUUAAAGUCAGUGGAUGGAGAGGAACCACCUGUCAGUCAGAUACGAUAUAUAUAAUUAGUCUCUCUAGUUAUGGCAUAUUUUUGUAUUAUAGCUAUAGUAUCUUGUAAUUAAUAGGUAGAUUUUAGUUGCCUUAUUUGUUCUCCUAGAUUGUUGUAAUCGCUAUGAUACAACUUGUAAUUAGCUAGACAAUUUCUAUAUAAUAUGAGAAACCCUCACAUUGAGAAGUAUUCAAUACAA